CCUGCCUUCCCGUACAACACUCUCCGCCGCGUCGCCUGCGCCGACAGCCUUGCGAGCCAGUGUGUCUGAGGACAGCGUGGAAGCAAGUACUGUGCAAAGCUCCCUCGCUAAGAUGAUUAUUCUUAGCAUCGUCUUAGUCCUUCUGGGGACGGUUUUGGCACAUCCCGAAGCCACGCCAGCUGCCAGGACUCUUCCGCAAUCCCGCAGGAUACGCAAUGGUGACGACGCGACGUACUCCUUCGGCUACUCCGUCGACGCCCCUGAGGCCGAGAACUUCUACGAGCACGAGGAGGCGCGCCGGGGCGAGGUGACGCGCGGCCGCUUCCGCGUGGCGCUGCCCGACAACCGCCUGCAGACCGUCACGUACCGCGCCAACCGCGACGGAUACACCGCCGAGGUGUCCUACGCUAACCACCCGAGCUUCCCCGCCCUGAGGGCGUCCGUCGGCCCCAUCGGCGACGCCCCGCAGAUCGGCGCGUCGGUCGUGUCGGGCGUGCGUCGCGGCGAGAACUGGAAGGACCACAGGGUGCAGCAGCGGCCGGACCACGGGCCGCGGCGCCCGGUGGGCCCCAGCUCCGCCGCCAACGCCAUCCCGCCCGUCCGCACGCCCACCACCACCCGGCCGCGCCGCCCCAGCCCGAAGGUGCCCCGCCCCCGCCCCACGGCCACCCGCGCCCCCACCGGCGCCCCCUCCAGACGCCCCAGCGCCGCCCCCACCUCCCCGCCCGCGCCCGCGCCUAGCAAGCCCACACGAGCCCCGCGCCCCGCGCCCGUCACCACACGCCCGACCACCCGCCGCCCGCAGCCGCCGCCCGCAGCGGCGCUCUUCGUCGCCGCAGAGGACGAGAAUCUAACUGAAAAGAUGAUCAUGGAGAUUAUUACAUAUUGGUCGGGUCACACAAUAGAAAAAGGCAAGAAGGUCAAAGGUCAAGGGUCAGGUGGGGGUCAAGAUCGGCAGGCAGAAGUGACUGUGGGAGAAAUCUACGAAUGCUACAGAUACAGGCCCUACACUUUACACGAUGUAUACCACAGACUCUGCACUUAA